CCUUUUAACAAGAUGAAGCCUGCCUUCUUUUUCCUGCUCAUCCUCAUCCCCAUUCUAGCACCAUCUCCUGGCCAUGCUGACUGCUCCUUAGACUCAAUUGUGGAGAAUAAAAUACAGGAAGCUCUUUCCCGCUUAGAGAUUAAAAGUCAGGCACCCCUCUCUUGUACAAGUGUGAAAAGUGUAGGCACACUCUCCAGUUGCCCUGCAGGGUUUAUAGUUACCGGCUGUGCCUGUGGCUAUGGCUGUGGCUCCUGGGAUGUUCGAGGGGACAACACAUGUCAUUGUCAGUGCGCAGGCAUGGACUGGACCACUGCUCGAUGCUGCAAGAAUUCCUAA